AUGGCCGAGGAUGCAAACCCCGCCGCAUCGCGAAUCAAUUCGGUCCCUCGAAACACGCCAUCCGCAGAUGCUGCUCCAAAUGCUUCUACAUCCCCACAUACAGAGAGAGAUGAACAGGCCGAUGUAAAGCCUGAAAACGCGUUGGCUGCCACCGCUUCUGAAAAUCCUGAAUCCCCUGUUACAGAGGCUGCCAAGCCCGAGCCGCCUGCCGGAACACAAGAGCAAGAGACGGAUGAGAGCGGCGUUGCGGUAGAAGAGACAGCUGAAGUUGCUGCCCCCACCGGAGAUGGCGCCAACGGAACCCCAUCUGCUUCCAAAAAAUCCAGUAACGGAAAACGCAAAUCGACAGGAGGCGUUGACAGCAAGGGGAAAAAAUUGAACAAGAAAAAGUCUGCAGCUCGAAUUACACACCUGGAUGCCAAGCCAGGAGAAUACUACACUGCUCGUCUGAAAAGCUAUGCGCCCUGGCCGUCGAUAAUAUGUGAUGAGGAGAUGCUCCCACCUUCUCUUUUGUCGACGCGCCCGGUUACUACGAAACAGAAAGACGGUACAUACAAGGAGGCUUACAGUGACGGCGGCAAACGUGUGCAUGAGCGAACGUUUCCAAUUAUGUUCUUGUACACGAAUGAAUUUGCUUGGAUUCCAAAUACCGACCUAACGCCUCUCGACCCAGAGUCCUGCAAAGAUGUGAACGAAAAAGGAAAAACGAAGAGCCUGGUUGAAGCUUAUCGUGUAGCCGCCGAGAACCAUGAUCUUCAAUAUUUUAAAGAUAUGCUUGCGGACCAUCAGCGGGCGUUAGAGCAAGACCAGGAGGAACGUGAAGCUCGCGCGGCAGCAAAGGCUGCUAAGCAAGAGAAGAAAAAGCGGAAGAGCAUGGAUGUGACUGAUGAGCAAGAAGAUGAGACAGCGGAUGUUGGAACCGAGAAACGAAAGAGCACGAAGAAACGGAAGAAGGACGUUGAGAGCGAUGCUGAGAGCGACAAGUACUUUGGUGGAAAGGACACAUUGGCUAACGGGGAUUCGUUUUGUUUCUGGUCGCACACAUCACAGCCCGCAAAGACCCCCAAAACUGCCACCAAACUAAAGUUGACCACGCCCAAGACUCCAGCGACCGGUGAGUCAGGAAAGAAAACUUCCGCAAAACCAGCCAAAACGAAGGUCACCAGUGCCAAAAAGGCAAAAAAGGAAGCCAAGGCAACAAGUGAUGGAGAUACCGCUGAAGUUUCAAAGGAGAGCGAAGUUGAAAAGCCGCUUAAUCCGCAGGAAGCCAAGCUAAAGAAGGAGAAAGAAGUUUUGUAUCUUCGCCACAAACUCCAAAAAGGGUUCCUCACACGUGACCAGGCACCCAAGGCGGAGGAAAUGGCUUCAAUGUCUAAUUUCAUCCAAAAACUGGAGUCGUAUGCCGAUCUUGAAGUCAGCAUCAUCCGCACAACCAAGAUCAACAAAGUCCUGAAGGCCAUCAUCAAACUAAACUCGAUCCCCAAGGACGAGGAAUUCAACUUCCGCCGCCGCUCCAUCAACAUCCUCAAUAAAUGGACAACCCUACUGGAUUCCGAUAUCCCCCCCGCAAGGGAGAAGGAAGAACAGGAGCCGAAGCCUAAGGCAAAGGCAAAUGGCCACAAGCAGGUCAAUGGGCAGAAGAUGGAAGAUGCGACUGAUGCGAAUGACGGCGCUGCUGUUGGUGCUACUACCCAGGCGGAUGAAGAUGAGAUCAUGCCAGAUGCCCCAGAGGUCAAGACUCCGGCGGACGGUGAGAAGUCAGGAUCGCUUCUUGCCAAAGGAGAAGCGGAGGCUAUGGAGGUCUAA